CAAACGACCGCAUGCGACCUGUCACAGGCAACCUAUUUUAUAAUGAACAGCUUGCAUGAGGUCGACAUGGCGUCCAGUGGUUUUGGGGGAUUUCUGCCGUCUUUGAAAUGGAUUGUACAUUAUUAAUCUACCGCGCCUGACUCGCCUUGGUAUUCAAGUCUUCCUAUUCUACCAGUUCAGUUACUACCGCUUGUUACUAAGUUGUCGUUACCUGUCAUGACGUUGUGUGGCCUUGCAGUUCACUGAGUUCGUUUCCGAUGAAUUACCAUCUAUCCCGUGCUCUUGAAAUUAAAUUCGAAAGAUGCGAGAUUAAGUAGGCUACUUAGCCUCAAGGCAAUGCAAAUCUUCCUCACCUAAAAUCAGCAGGUCUCCAGUGACUGGGUGUGUGUGUGAGUGCGGGCGUGCGUGCAUGUGUGUGUGAUGGCGGUGAACCUGUCGUUCGCUGCGUGUGGGUUCCUGGGUGUCUACCAGCUGGGGGUGGUGGGGGCCCUGCAGAGGCACGGACAAAGGCUGCUGGGGGGGCUGCAGGCCUGUGGAGGGGCCUCGGCUGGAGCCCUGGUGGCCACCGUGGUCAUUACUGCACCACACAAGCUGGAGAGCUGUAAAGACUUUGCCCAUGGCUUUGCGGCCAGCGUCAGAGGACAGGUGCUAGGUGCCGUCACACCCGGAUAUGACUUCAUGCUGGAGCUUAGGAAGGGCCUUGAGGAUAUUCUCCCCUGUGAUGCCCACCUGCGUGCUGAGGACCGCCUCCACAUCUCCAUCACACACUCCAGAACACACCGCAACCACAUAGCCACGCGCUUCCACUCCAGGGACGAGCUCAUACAGGCUCUGUUAGCUAGCAGCUUUGUGCCGGUCUACGCAGGUCUCAAACCAGUGGAGUUCCAGGGACAGACGUGGAUCGAUGGUGGCUUCACAGAUAGCCUUCCCAUCAUGCCUCAGGGCAGGACCAUCACUGUGUCCCCCUUCAGCGGAGCCCAGGACAUCUGCCCCACACACACCGGACGCUCCUCUCGCACACUGCACCUCGCCAACAUGGACGUACACUUUACCCGUCAGAACAUAGUGCGUCUGAACCAGGCCCUCUUCCCACCAUCCCAGAGUCGCAUGCACGCGCUCGGGCAGGAAGGAUACCAGGAUGCUGUCCUCUUCCUGGAACGGGAACACUGGACCUAGUUCUACUUCCUGGAACGGGAACACUGGACCUAGUUCUACUUCCUGGAACGGGAACACUGGACCUAGUUCUACUUCCUGGAACGGGAACACUGGACCUAGUUCUAUUUCCUGGAACGGGAACACUGGACCUAGUUCUAUUUCCUGGAACGUGAACACUGGACCGAGUUCUACUUUCUGAUAAUGGAAGAUCUGGGUUUAUCUUUAUCGUCGACUUCAAGUUUCUUACAGAAGAUUUGCACCUCUUCCAGUUCUUGGGACUUUCCGAAAUGGGGACAUUUUGGACCUUAGCCACGUUCUGAAUACGGAACAUUUGGUGUCAUUCACUUCCUGAAAUGGGGACAUUUGCCACCACCCACCUCCUGUAAUACGCAUGAAUGGUGUGACGUGUUCCAUGUGUGUUGCGCCCUUUUUGGGGUCAGUUGUUCCAGGGAGAAAGGGGGCCCAGAAUUGGGUCAUCAUUACUUAUAUGUAUUGGGUGGGGGGCCCUUUUAGUUGCUUUUUGUCCCGGUUCUGGCCAAAGCUGUAAGCAGCCCUGUGUGUGUGUGUGUGUGUGUGUGUGUGUGUGUGUGUGUGUGUGUGUGUGUGUGUGUGUGUGUGUGUGUGUGUGUGUGUGUGUGUGUGUGUGUGCGUGCGUGCGUGCGUGCGUGCGUGCGUGCGUGCGUGCGUGUGUGUGUGUGUGUGUGUGCGUGUGUGUGUGUGUGUGUGAUACGUAGGGCUUAUUGAAACAACUAGUUGUCCGAAUGUGACCGUAUCACAUGGGUGGGUACAUUGUGAUGCUUUUAGCCAGCGAGCUGUGUCAACAAAUGCAUUGUUUCAGCUUUUAAAGAAAUAAUAUUUAUGGCUUUACAGGGUUUUAAAUGAAGGACUUUGUUUUUCAAACCAGUUUAUUGUACCCUAUUACCAUUUUAUCAAUAGUUUUAUCAAUGGUACAAUGACAAUACUGUCUUGUAGUUUAUUUUAUUGUUUAUUAUGGUAUUAAAAUUUUAUUUCAAUA